AUGGAGCCGCCGCACGCGGCGACGUUGGACCUCAUCCGCGACGCGCGGACGCGGAUCGAGCCGUACGCGAAAGUCACCCCGGUGCACACGUGCUCGACGAUCGACCACCUCGUCGCGUUCGACGCGGGCGGUCCCGUGGAAGUGUCCUUCAAGUGCGAGACGUUUCAGAAGGGCGGGGCGUUCAAGUACCGAGGCGCGAUGAACGCGGUGCUGCAGCUCACGGAGGACCAGCGCGCGCGCGGGGUCGUGACGCACAGCAGCGGGAACCACGCGGGCGCGCUCGCGCUCGCGGCUCGGACGAUCGGCAUCCCCGCGCACAUCGUCGUCCCGGAGGGCGCGCCCGCGUGCAAACUCGACGCGAUUCACGAGUACGGGGGGAUCAUGACCCGUUGCAAGGCUACCGUGCCGGACCGCGAGGCGACGGCGGGGCGGAUACAGCGCGAGACGGGCGCGACGUUGAUACCGCCGUACGACCACUCGCACGUGAUAUGCGGCCAGGGCACGAUCGGAUUGGAGUUCAUGGAGCAAGUCCCGGGCCUGGACGUCGUCUUGGUCCCCGUCAGCGGCGGAGGGAUGAUCGCCGGCGUCGCCGCCGCGGUGAAGGGAAUCAACGAGAACUGCGCGGUCGUCGCCGCGGAGCCGUGCGGGGCGUCCACGACACCGCGCGCGGACGUCGCGGCGUCGAAAGCGCGGGGACGGCUCGUGUCCGACAUGCCGCCGCCGGACACGAUCGCGGACGGAUUGCGGGCCAAGCUGGGCGCGCUGACGUGGCCGAUCGUGAGGGACAAAGUCGACGGCGUCGUGACCGUGACCGAGCCGGAGAUCGUGCGCGCGAUGGCGCUGAUUUACGAGCGGAUGAAGCUCGUCGUCGAGCCGAGCGGUGCGGUCGGUCUAGCCGCGGCGUUGUCGGAGCAGUUCAAGGGGUUCUUACGCGCGCGCGAGAGCCCGGAGGCGACGGUUCGCGUCGGCGUCGUGUUGUGCGGAGGCAACGUGGACUUGGCGCCGCUCUGGGCGACGUACAAGGUGUGACGCGACGACGACACGCCGCGCGCGCGGUGAUUAGUUGUACCCUCGCCUGUAACUUAUGCAACGUGUAAC